AUGGCCGAUGAGGAGGAGCGCAUUAAAGCUGAGAAGCUCGCCGCCGCCAAGAAAAGGGUAGCCCAGCUCCAGAAGCAAAAGAAGAAGGCCAGCAAGAAGGCCUCAACCGCUACAGAUACACCCAAAGAUGCCGAGACUCUUAAAGAAGUUGAAGCUACGCCAGAGCCUGCGGCUACCACGGAGACUACCCCUCCAGUAGAUACCCCCACCGAGGAGAAGCCGCAAGAAACUACGCCGGCAGAGACCACGACCCCAGAACAACCAGCAGAGCCCGAGCCAGAAUCGCAAGAAAGGCCAUCUGAACCGUCCGAACCCGUCGAGUCCCCUGUCGAGCCCAUGCCCCCCGCCCCCACCUCGCCUGAUCCAGAGACCGAGUCGCAGCCUGCACGUCUGGAUACCCCUCGCGCCGGGCACGGCCGCCAACCGUCCCUGUCGAUCCAGUCAAAGAUGCGCUCGUCGUCAUUCCGAAAGACCUCUAUAUCCCAGGGUAGCGCCCCAUCUCCAUCGGCUCCCAAGACCUCACCACAACCUCUACCCCCGUUGACAGGGGACGGUGAGUCCGUUCACGAAGUGUUCCGGAAGCAGUCGACGAAGAUCGAAGAAUUGGAGAAGGACAAUAAGAGGCUGGAGAAGGAGCUCUCAGAUGCGACGACUCGCUGGCGCAAGACGGAGGAUCAGUUGGAGGAUUUGCGGGAGGCUAGUGUGGACGGAGCAGAGUUGAGGGAGCAAUUGAAACAGGCUGAGGAGAAGGUGGCUAGUAUUGAGGCUUUGAAAGAGGAGAUUGCCUCGCUACAACGGCAAAACUCACAGCUCCAGUCCAGGUCACACCGCAAUAACGCUAGUAUUUCCGUGCCUGGGACGUCGGAAUCGCCGCCAGCAGAUCUUGUGCGCCAGUUAGAAUCCAAAUCCGCCACUAUUGAGGCUAUGGAACUGGAGAUCUCCAAUCUGCGCGCCCAGGUGACGUCGCAGACAUCUUCGAGCAGUGCGCACGAGACCCAGGUGGCUGCCCUCGAAGAGAAGCUAUCGGAGAGUCAGACCGCUCUCGAGAAGUCCCAGCGUGAGCUCAAUGACACGAAACAAGCUCUUACUCGCGCCUCGGAGAAAGCCGUCAAGGAAGGCGUGGACAAGACAUCUACCGAAACCCUGAUCAAAUCGCUGCAGCGCGAGGUCGAAGAGCUAAAGAGCGAAAAGGUCGAAGGAGAAAAGAAGAUAGAAACUCUGGACAAGAAACUCGUGGCCUUGAGCAACCUGCACAAAGAAUCAGAGUCCCGGCACCAGACCCGGCUGCGUGAGAGCGAAAAGGCAGAGAAAGAAACCGCAGUCCUGCGGAAGAAGCUCGCCAGCAUUGAAAAUGAGAACCUCCGCCUCCGCGAAGAGCGUGAUCGCAUGCGCAAGCGUGAUGCCGGUGGCGCAGACGACGAGGCCCUCGACGAACUCGAAGACGAAGAGCGCCAACGUCUUGAGCGCCGUAUUCGCGAAUUGGAAGGCGAGAACUUUGAUCUGCGUCGUGGUGUCUGGCAAGAGAAGCGCUCGGAGUUGGUUGGCCAGCAAUAUUCUGACGAGGGACUCGAGUCUGCGGGUGAUGCUGCGGCCAACGCCUUUGACGAUGUCGAUCUCGUUGGCGGUCGACCCGAUCACGCCCGCCGGAGGAGUAUGGCCUUGCAGCAGCAGCACUCAUCCUUCUCAGACGUAUUGUCUAGUGGCUUUGCCGCGUUCACGGGUGGAAACCGUGCUCGCGCCGGUUCAUCUAACCCACCGCAUCCAGCUACCCGCGGUAGUCUCGAGCUCCUGUCCGAAGAAAACCUGGAAGAUGAAUUCGACGAGGCAGAGUUUGCGCGCGCUCAGGCUGAAGAAGAGGCACGCAAGCGAGUGGAGUGGGUGCGUGAGAUCAAGCGUAAGCUCCGGGAUUGGCAGGGCUGGCGUCUGGAUCUGGUUGAUAGCCGGGCUGGGGCUGAGGGUCCUGGUUUGGCUUUGGGGCAGAUCUUUGAGGUUUGA